AUGACAAUUGGUGCGCCGCAAGAUGUCAUGAUCCACGUCCCUCGAAAUCGAGUCGACCGUUAUGGUGCGCCGAUACAGCCCAUUACUCGAGACAUAGAACGCAAUGUCCUUCUCGCUGCUCUGCAACAUGUAGCUGGCUACAUAUCCCAACGUGGCCAGAGCAUCGCGGUGGUUGCAGUAGGUGGUGCCGUCAACACCUUAUACUUGCAGUCUCGAACCACAACCCAUGAUGUUGACAUAUUCGGCUCUACCUUCACGAACCAGGCCCGGGUACUUCUGGACGAAGCAAUGCAAGAUGCCCGUCGACACUACCAAGGACUUGGAACAGAUUGGCUCAACACAGAAACGCAAAUGUGGAUGCCGGGACCAUUACAUCAACGUUUGACGGAAGCCGCAGAAAGACAAAAUGUUCGGGUAUUCGAGCAGCCUGGUCUCGUUAUAUAUGCCGCUCCGUGGGCGUAUGCAUUUUCAGCAAAAGUGAGUCGAAUUCUUACCGGGGGUGACCAAGUACGACCCUACGAUCUGGACGAUGCGGUCACUUAUAUCCAUGAGUAUAUCCGCACCCAUGGCAACAGACCUGUACCAGUAGCCACAGCGUUGGACUGGGCGAGACAAUUCCAUCACGAGAGUACAGAGAAUAUCCUCCGUACCCGUGUGAACCAGGCGUAUCGCAGGCGGUACGGUAGCAAUGCUUUUGUUUGA